CCGGGCUAAUCGCGCGCGCGCGGGGCGUCUCCCCUAUUUCCCCAUCCUUACGUACAAACGUGUGCAUCUUGAAGAAGAAGAAGAAAAUCGAGCGAAUACUGCUGCUGCUCUAAUAAGAAAACUUUAUCGGUGCUCUUUUCAUCAUCGUCGGCAGCGUUAUCUCUCCCCCUCUCUUAUUCUCUGUGCGGAGCGUCUAAUUAACGCUUGGGCCGACGUGAAUUUUCGCGAAUGAACGCCGAGAGUGCAGCCGAGGAGUUGCGGCUGCACCGCGAACUUUCGGAGAAGCAGAGUUCGUGGUUUUGCUUUAUGGCACGGGGGAGGCUCUGCCGCUGGUAAACUGCUUCUCCGAGAGCGCCGCGCAAGCUCAAUCGGUCGAAUUCCCCCGUGAAGUGGUCGCCUGCGAUAUUCCGACGAGAGCCUAUAACAUCGAAGAUAUGCGGUAUUCGUUUUCAAUACGAGCUUCUCGCGAGUAAUCCAACGCUUAUUUAUACACACCUAAUGCAUGGAGGAGCUGUUUUCGCAUGUCCCGGUGAUCCAAGCGGUGAUUUAUCUAAGCUGUCAGAGCUUGCGGGCUAAACUAUCAAGCGUGUGUACACACGUGAAAGCGGAAAAAUGUUUGCUCUCCUCGGUUUGAAUAACCCCAGCCUCUUCGGCCGUCAUCUCCGUGAGGAAGACUAGAGAAACUGUAGAUGACGAUGUAGGAAAAGUCGUGACGAAUGAUGCAUCGCGAUCAUGGAGACGGAAAAUCGGGUGGUGUUGAACGUUGGAGGCAUCAGGCACGAGACUUACAAGGCGACUCUGAAGAAAAUUCCGGCGACUCGGCUCUCACGUCUGACCGAGGCCGUCGUCAAUUACGAUCCCAUACUCAAUGAGUACUUCUUCGACAGGCAUCCGGGCGUCUUCGGACAGGUGCUGAAUUACUACCGGACCGGCAAACUGCAUUAUCCCACCGACGUCUGCGGGCCGCUGUUCGAGGAGGAGCUUGAAUUCUGGGGCCUCGACUCCAAUCAGGUGGAGCCGUGCUGCUGGAGCACGUACAGCGUGUACCGGGACACCCAGUCGACCCUCGCGAUCCUGGACAAGCUCGACGUCGAUGGCGAGCGUCAACAUCAGAACGAAACGCAACUCUUCAGCAGUUACGAGGAGGAGUACGUGAGAGGCCAGUUGACGCGUUGGCAGAGGCUCAAACCGCGCAUCUGGGCUCUCUUCGAUGAGCCCUACUCGUCGAACGUGGCCAAGCUGUUGGCCAGCUUGUCUAUACUAUUUAUCUGCCUGUCGGUACUGUCGUUCUGCCUCAAGACACUUGACGCGCCACUUAAACGAGAUGCCGCUGAGAAUGUUACUGAUCGUUCGGCAGCUCAAGGGAACGGGCAGAGUUACCGGACGAAUGGGAUGCUCUACUAUCUCGAGCACACGUGCAACGCCUGGUUCACCUUGGAGAUCGCUAUCCGAUGCGUUGUCAGCCCGAGCCUGAGGCGUUUCGCGGCUUCCCCUGUGAACAUGAUCGAUCUGGCGGCGACGCUGAGCUUCUACGCGGAAUUCCUGGCCCAGGGCUCGCCAUCGGUACAGCUGGGACUCUACCUCGAGCUCCUCUCGAUCGUCCGCGUGCUGAGGCUGUUCAAGCUCACGAGACACUCGCUUGGCCUGCGGAUACUCAUGCACACCUUCAAAGCCUCGGCCAAGGUGCUCGCGCUGCUCGUCUUCUUCCUAAUCCUCGGCAUCGUCCUCUUCGCCAGCUUGAUUUAUUACGCCGAGAGACUGCAGGAUAACCCGGACAACGAUUUCAAGAGCAUUCCCGCGGGCCUGUGGUGGGCCCUUGUGACAAUGACGACGGUUGGCUACGGCGACAUGACUCCUAAAACUUUCCCCGGCAUGUUUAUCGGCGGCCUCUGUGCACUUGCCGGUGUACUCACUAUAGCCCUGCCCGUUCCUGUCAUCGUCAGCAACUUUUCGAUGUUCUACUCUCACACACAGGCGAGGAGCAAGCUUCCGAAGCAGAGGAGAAAGGUACUUCCGGCGGAAGUGCCGCGACGCAGCAGCCGAUACAAGUGCCAGCUGAGUCACCACGUGCAGGAGGCGCAAGGCCAUCUGCUGCUCGCGCCGCUGGGAAGCAGUCCCACAAGGACAGUUCUGAUGCCCCGGCCUGCGACCAUCGGUCUGGAAGACUCUCUCUACCAUCAGCAGGCAAGACUCGGCAGCGCGAUGGAUUCAUUGUCCCCGACGUUCGGCGUAAACGAGGAGAAGCACAGCAGCAGCAGCAGCGCGCCAACAGAGACAACAGCCAAUUCAACGAAGCCGUCACCGGAGCAGUAGCAGCAUGGAAAUUUCUUCGGACGAUUCGCAGAGUCACGUUCGCGACGAAUUUUCCGAGAGGACACAUCUCGUCCUGAAAUCGCAGCGCAAUCUCAUCGAAAUGCUGGACUCUCGAGAAUUAUACACGCGGCUGAAGCAAUUAAGCCGUGACAAAUCCAGCGCAGACGACGCCUCGAUAAACGGAACGUCGCGUAAAUUGAUCUCGAGCAAACCCGACGUGUGCGGCUAUAGGUGUGAGCUGCGGACACGUGUACGUGCGUGAGAGGGGGAAGGAGAGAUAGGAUCUCGCGCGCCGGAGGGGAAUCGAGAGAAUUGAAAGAACAAAGGAGAGAGAGAGCUACGCGGAGAUGACAGCGGAGUAGAAUGCCUCUAUCUCCCCUCGUCCAUCGCUCUCUUUCUCUCGGCGCCUUUUUACGCGCGCGCCAGUAGCACCUCACCUUUCUUCUUCUUCUCUCCCUCACUCUCGCUGAGAACACUCUGUGUGCAUGUGUGUGUGUGUGUGUGUGUGUGUGUGUACGUAUACGAAGCCGCCGUCGAUACUCGACUCGCCCCACUUGCCGGCGCUUCUGGAAUUCCGGCCGCCCCCGCUUUAUCCUUCGAGAUGCCGACGCUCUAGGCCUCGUUGGCUCGCAGCUUUUCCACGCGCAAACUUCGUGUAUGUGUGUGUGUGUGUGUGUGUGUGCAUCGGCAGGGAAUCGGCGCGAGGAAGAUGUGUAAAUCAAUUUUUUUCCUUCGCGCACUUGCGACAAUAAAAACUCAUUCGUUCUCUCGUGCGUGUUUUCUUUCUUUCUUUCCUUCAAAAUUGAUCCGUCACGCGGGAGAAUAAAGGAAGCGAUAAUUAAUCGCUCUUCGACUUCUGCAGCUGGGAGUAAAAAACAUAAGCGAAUUUUCUCGGACUCUAUCCGUUUAUUAUCCCAGUUCGCUCUCUCUCUCUCUCUCUCUCUCUCUCUCUCUCUCUCUCUUUCUCUCUCGCUCGCUCUCUCUCUCUCUCGAUCUCUCUCUCUCUCUCUCUCUCUCUCUCUCUGUCACAAUAUUUUCCUUCCCGACAAUCGCAUUACUUCCAAGUCUUCGCGGAACGGGAGGAAGGGUGUGCGCCAGAGAGAGAAAGAGGGAGAGAGCUCCGAUAGAGAAGAAAAAAUAAUACUCGAGGAGGGAACGUGACGAUAAAAAUUGUAUUUAUCUUCAUUACAGCGACGCGUGUAUAGCAUAAUUGUUGACAGAGCGAGUACACAUAAACAAACAAACGCCCGCAUGGCAUAUCUUUCGCGGCCAUAUACACAAAGGGAGAGCCUUCGGCGCCCGACAACACGCGGAGAUUUCUACUCGAGCGAGUUUCUCGCUCCGCUGAUGCAGUUUUUCCAUGUUCAGAGCGCAGCACACCAAAAAAAAAAUAAGCGAGAGAGAUUCGGAAAAGCCGCGAAGGAAAGAAACUCGAUUUUUUCGUUAUUGAAUUCCAACAGCCAUCAAAACUGGCCAAACUAAAUUAUCCCCCUUAUUCUCACCGCAUCUACACGCGCGAGCGUGCGGCUGUACAGCAUAUAGGCCGUCGCCACUGCAGCUGAACUUCCCUCUCUCCGGCUAUACACGAGGGCGCAAGCGCCUCUACUCAUCGACCCACGAGGGUGGGGGGUUGGCGCGCGGCAGUUUGCUUAGGAGCAGCCUGCCGUGUAUCCCGUCCGUCGCACCGUACCCCGCCUCGAACCACUGGCACACACACAUAGGCUCCCCUUCGAUACUCUAUACUCCGCGCAGCGCCGCAUAGCGAGGGAACACGCCUAAACGCUCGUCGGCUCUUUUCUUCGGCGAGAGAAAGAGAGAGAGAGAGAGAGAGAGAGAGAGAGAGAGAGAGAGAGAGAGAAAGUAAUCUUGCCUCUUUGUCUUCCUCGCUCCCCAUAUUCUCGCGAUCUUGACUGUCAUCUCAUCGAGAUUGAUUACAUGCCGGCGAAUAAAUGCUUAGCGCCGAUGCUUCGUCUCUCACACACACACACGCUCUUAUAUUCUCUACUAUGUACGUGGGUGUGUGUGUGUAGAUAUAAGUGGAGCACUUUAUAUAUAGGCCUGAUUUUUCAUCAGAAAGUCAAAUUUUUUCCUUAUUCCGGCAGGACGACAGGGAAAAGCCAGAGAGAGAGAGAGAGAGAGAGAGAGAGAGCGAUUCAUUUUUUUUCCACUCCUUUUCUUCCUUUUCCAUUGCGCCGGUUUUUACGCCGCGGAGGCCGAUAACUCGAGCGCAGCUGCAACUGUGCUAUACUCUCUCCCUCUCUCUCUCUCUCUCUCUCUCUCUCUCUCUCUUGCUCGGCUGUAAGCACUUUUGCCGCGCGCUCUCGUCGAUACUUUCUGCACUGCGGGACUAAUCAAUGCAAAUACCGGAGGCUGAGCGUUUUAUUGCGUUUUUAUGUGUACAGGGAUUUAUUUUCCAGUUCGCUGCCUUUUUGCUUUAUUAUUCGCUAGUUCGUGAAAAAUUGAGGGAAAUUUUCGAAGAUUAUGCGCGUUGCUGUAUUCCGCAAAACUGGCAGUUUUUGAAUUAUUAAACGGGGCGUGUACAUACACUUUUCGAAAUGCAACCGCGACUUUUCGCGAGGAAUAGAGAGUGCAUUCGGUUGAAAUUUUCAUGAGUUUACGUAUAGCGCGAGUCGGCUUCUCUUCGAUAUUAAAAUAUUUCUUUUAUAGGCGCUUACACUUGUUAUCUCGAGAGCCUCGUACUUCCGCGAAGUGAGUUCGCGAGAGAUUUUAAUGAAUCAAGAUCCCGAGUGCAAUUACGAUAUCAAAAGCGUAUCGCCCUUGGCGCCGCACUGCUGCAGUUAGAUUUUAGAAGAGGUUUUGUUUUCACACAAGGACUAAUGUAAACAAUACUUUUGAGUCGUACGAACCUUGUAGAUAUAGAAGGCUGUUGUUGUUGGAGAAAAUUCUUGUUUGUAUACGCCGCUCGCUGCACAAUAUCGCUGUGUUCUUUGUGCAGAACAUUGAAAACUCUAAAAUUGAAGUUUUCGUGAAGUUAUAUCCAAUUUAAAAUUUGUUCUCGAAGCAGAACUAUGUAGCACAUAGCUCGCAGAUUAUAACGAAAGUUUAAUUAAAAUUAAAUUGGGGCUGACCGAUAGCCCGGUGAGCUGUGGAUUGAAUAAAAUUAAAAUACGAU